AUGUGGUGGACAAAACCGUUGGCGGCGUGCUGCGGCCUUCUACUUUUAUUAUGGAUGCCAACGGGUUGUGAAGCUGAUGAUGAUAAUCCUGUCACUUCUCGGUUUCACUGUCUAAAAAAUGGAUGUUGCGAUCAUCACGAAUGGUGUCGAUUCUGGGCAUCAGUUGGAGAGUGCAAGACAAAUGCCGAUUGGAUGGUGGAUAACUGUCAACUUGCUUGCAACACUUGCACCCGAAAGAACGUCAUCAGACCUGCCACGAGAACUCCGAAUCGUCCAAGACGGCCUCCACCUCGUAAACUUGCAGCUACGACAAGAGCCCCCGUAGUAGUCACCACAACAGUUCGCCCAGCUCCUCCACAAUCUCGUCCACCUCCAGUGACACGUCGUCCAACUUUCACUGCUGCCACGAAACUCAGCACAUCCACUCACGCACCUGUCCUCCAUCAUCAACCAGCACGACCUCCGAUUCGAGUUGCCAGCUCAUUUGGAUCAAGAGGGAAGAAAGUGACGAGAAAGUUCUUCUUUUUCUUCAAUAGUACGAGAACUGUUCCCUUUACAACUACAAUUACAACUACAACUCCAAUGACAACCACAACUACAACUCUUCCAACAACAACAACAACAACAACAACGACAUCUCCUCCUCCAACAACUACAACUACAACAACAACGCCUGCUCCAACUACAACUCCCUCAACAACAACUUCUACAACUACAACUACGACAACAGCAACUACAACUACAACUCCGGCACCGCAACAGUUUAUUCCGUCAUUUUCAGACGGUGCUUCUGAUGCUUCUGGUCCUUUCAUUGCUUUUGAGGGUACCACUGUAAACUUUGAGACUACAAGACUUCAAACUCAAACUCGUCGUCCAUUUGUGAAUCGUCGACCACCUCCACCACGCCAACGACCAAAUAUCAUCCGUCCGACGAUUCGUCCAACUCCACGUGUCUUCACAGUAACAACCCCAAUUCCAACAUUUGCCUUUGUUCCUGACAUUGCUCCAGUUACUCGAUUCUUUGUUCAAAGACCAGCAGCAACCAGAAGGCCAUCUGUAUUCUUCACAACGAGAAGGACAUUCCCACCUCCACCACCACCAACGACUACAACAACGACUACAACGACAACUCAGGCACCAGCGACCACUCAUUUCACCAGGGAGUUCACACAACCUCCAACCACUAGAUCCUUCAUUAACACCGCUUCAAAUGCCAGAUGUAGAGAGAUUAUCAAUGAUCCGAUUGUUGCUGCAGAAGAUAUGUGGAGAGAAAGACUUGCUGUUGCUACUGAAGAUAACUCUCGUCGUCAAACAGUCGAUCUCGACCAGGUAAUCCGUUCAAACACUGCAAAUGCUUGCACUCCAAGAUUGGAUGAAGCUGAUUGUGAAGCCAAUAUGUGCUACAACGCGCUCUACCGUACCAUGGAUGGAACUUGUAAUAACAUGAAGGGAGAGCCAUUAAGAGGAUCUUCAUACCGUCCGUAUACCAGAUUACUUCCAACUAUUUAUGAUAAUGAAGUUUCGGAACCAGUUGGAUCCUUGUUCACUGACGCCCGUCCAUCUCCUCGUGAAAUUACUCGUAAACUGACAUCAUCUCAAGCAUCGGUUGAAUCUCCAGAUUACAAUGCUCUUAUUAUGCAAUUCGGACAAUUCAUUUCUCACGAUAUGGCAAAGACCACUCUCGUUCCAUCUUCAAAAUGUAAUGUCUGUCAGAAUAUUACAAGUCGUUGCAUGGCUGUUCCAAUUACUUUCGAUGAUGCUAAUGCGAAUUUCCGACAAGCCCAAUGUAUUCGUGUGUCCCGAUCCUCUCCAAUUUGUGGAUCUGGAAACUUGAAGCCACGUCAACAGUUGAAUGAGAACACUGGAUACAUUGAUGCUUCUCCAAUUUAUGGAUCUUCUGUUCAUGAUUCCAAAAAAUUCCGUGAUGGAACUUCUGGUUUCUUGAAACUUCCAAUGUUCAAUGGAAAUGCUUUCCUGCCAUUCGAUCAGAACAAAUGUAGAAAUCGGGGUCAAUGCUCUGUUAUCUUCACAGCUGGAGACAGUCGUGUCAAUUUAUUCGUUGGUCUCUCUGCAUGGCACACCAUUUUCACAAAAGAACACAACCGACUCGUAACUGCAUUCAGAAGAUUAAAUCCACAUUGGGACGGAGAAAGACUCUAUCAAGAAGCAAGAAAAGUGGUCGGAGCUCAAGUUCAAGCAAUCGUUUAUCGGGAAUGGCUUCCGAAAGUUCUCGGCGCUUCUUUCGCUACAGUAGUCGGAGAUUAUAGAGGAUAUGAUUCGGAUGUUGACUCAACUGUUGCCAAUGAAUUCACUUCUGCUGCAUUCCGAUUCGGACAUGGAAUGAUUCAAGAAUUCUAUCAACGUCUCGACACUUCAUUCCGUAAUAUUACAUUCGGUGCACUUCCAUUCCAAAAAGGAACUCUUCAUUCGGAUGUACUUGUGAACGAAGGAGGAGUUGAUCCAUUGAUCAGAGGAAUGUUCUCUCAAAAUGUGAAGAGACCACAGAGAGUGACGACUACUGUAACAGAGAACAUGUUCGGAUCAACUGAUUUGUCAACAAUCAAUAUUCAAAGAGGAAGAGAUCACGGACAUCCAGCAUACGUUAAGUACAGAGAGUUGUGUGGAAUGGGGUCUGCAUUCAAUUUCGAGCAUUUAUCAAGAGAGAUUCUGAAUACGGGAACGAGGAAUAAGCUUCAAGAAAUCUAUGGAUCAGUUGAUAAAAUUGAUUUAUGGGUUGGCGCAUUGCUGGAAGAUCCAAUUAUCAGAGGACUCGUUGGACCAACUGUCGCAUGUAUUAUUGGUCCACAAUUCAAGAGAACAAGAGAUGGAGACAGAUUCUACUAUGAAAAUCCAGGAGUAUUCACACGUCGUCAACUUGUUGAGCUCCGCAAGAGCUCAUUGAGCAGAGUGAUUUGUGAUAACACUAACACAAUUACUAUGAUUCCACGUGAGGCUUUCCGAGUGGGUCAUAUGGUUCCAUGUAGUCAGAUUCCAUCUAUGGACCUCAAUCAAUGGCGCGAGUUUUAA